AUGUUUGGAGCUCAAUCUUCUCCUUCCCUCUUCGGAACCCCUUCUACAACACCGGCAUUCGGUACCCCAAAUUUCGGUACCCCAUCUUCCACUCCAGGUUUCAGUACCCCAGGUUUCGGAACCCCUUCUUCAACCCCUGCUUUUGGGGCUUCUUCCACUCCUGCUUUCGGCGGUUCUUCCCUUUUCUCCUCACCAUUCUCUUCUCAACAGCAACAGCAACCACAGCAGCAGCAACAAACUUCACUCUUUCAACAAUCACCUUCUACUGGUUUCGGAUUUCAGAAUUCUCUGCAAGCGCCUCAAGCUACGCCGUUCCCAAAUUCUCAAUUGACUACUCAAAUGGCUAACGUAGCUCCAGUUCCAUUCUCUCUAGCUGAUCGUGAUAUUCAAGCAAUCCUUGAUGCUUAUAAGGAAGAUCCUGGAAACCCGAAGUAUGCUUUUAAGCAUUUGUUAUUUAGUGUGACAGACCCACAGUUUAGGGCAAAGCCUGCUGGUGUUUCGGAUAUCAUGUGGGCGGAAGCUAUGGGGAAGCUUGAGGGUAUGGAAAGUGCCGAUAGAGAACGUCUGUGGCCACAGCAUGUUCAAGGUUUUAAGGAUCUUUCCCAACGCCUUAAGCUCCAAGAUGAAGUCAUUGUCUCUGAUGCAGAGAGAUUAAGUGUAACCCAAAGCAAUGUUAAAAUGCUCCAAAGACAUUUUCAAGCUGACACUCUUCCUUGGAUUCAAAGAUUGAAACAGAAAGAACAGAUUCUUCAGCAACGCAUUUUAAGAGUGAUGAGAAUAGUGGAAGCAUUGGAGGGAAAAGGCUGCCGUAUUCCCUUAACAAAAGGGGAAGCUGAACUCGCAGAGAAAUUAGCCACAAUAACUAGACAGUUGAAGGGAUCUGGAGCAGAAUUAUCCAGAAGGGUACAAAAUCUACUCGGUGUAUCCCGUGUCAAGGCUAAUAGCAAUGGAUUUGGUAACUCCGGUUAUCUUCCGGGCUCAACCAAAAUUCAUGAACAGAGUCUGACUGAUCUACAGGAGGUUUUACACCAGCAGAUGGAUGCCAUAGCGAGACUUGGCAGUGUUCUAAAGCGAGAUGCACGGAAUAUGGAGAUUAUGACGGCAGAGGACACAGAAACAACAGAAAAUGGAUAUUCAAUGUAA